AUGACAACUUCUCCUCCCAAAUAUUUACAAGAGGAUAGCCUAAGUGAAGAGUGUAAGAAAUUGCUCUCUAUCCUACCAAAAGAAAAAGGAUGGGUUGGGUCAUAUAUCUACAAUUAUCAAGGUUGUUGGACACCACCUAGAUUGCUUCAAGGUGUGAUUGCAUGUCAACAACAAUUUCAAGCUGAAGAUAGUGAUGUCAUUCUUGUUACAACUCCAAAAUCAGGAACUACUUGGUUAAAAUCACUUUUAUUCGCUCUGAUAAAUCGAGUGAAACAUCCUAUGUUUGAACCUAAUCACCCUUUACUUGUCAAUAACCCUCAUGUUCUUGUUCCAUUCUUGGAGCAUACACUCUAUGUUGAUGGUCAAGUUCCUGAUUUUUCAACUUUCACUUCACCUAGACUCUUGGCAACUCAUGUGCCUUUUGCUUCAUUGCCAAAAUCAGUCAUGGAUUCAAGAACCAAACUUAUUUACUUAUGUAGGAAUCCUAAGGACACUUUUAUUUCUAUGUGGCAUUUUGCGAACAAUUUAAGACUUCAUCACAAAGAUACCAAUUCCAUACAUGAAAUGUUUGAUCUUUUUUGUGAGGGGUUGAGCCUUUAUGGUCCUUUUUGGAAUCACGUGUUGGAUUAUUGGAAACAAAGCAUAGAAAAUCCUAACAAGGUGUUUUUCUUGAUGUAUGAAGAAAUUAAAGAGAAACCAAAAAUUCAGCUUAAACGCUUGGCUGAAUAUUUGGAAUGUCCAUUCUCUAUGGAGGAAGAAAAUUGUGGAGUGCUGAAUGAAAUAUUAAGAAUGUGCAGCUUUGAGAAUUUGAGAAAUUUGGAGGUGAAUACAAAUGGAAAGUUGUCAACUGGAGAGGGAAAUAAAGUGUUCUUUCGUCGAGGAGAAAUUGGAGAUUGGAGAAAUUAUUUUACUACAGAGAUGAGUGAUAAACUCAAUCAUAUCAUUGAAGAAAAGUUUCAAGGAUCUGGAUUAAAGUUUUCAUAUGUUUGAUUAAGUACUAAUAUGUUAUAGUGUGAAUUGAAUGCAAUUAUAUAUUUUGAAAUUAAUGUUGAAAUAGUUGUGUUUGAGAGUAAUGUAACAAGAAUAAACAACAAAAGUUUUAUUGUUGUA